GUUGUCUUACCAGUGCCAGCGUGUGUACUGUGUGUUGUCAACAAAUGAAAUCUGCAAAUUAAAACCAUCACUUAAAAUGGCAGCUGCUUUAUCUUAUACGGAUUUGCGUAAGCAAGCCAGGCAUCUCGAAAACGAGAUCGAUCUUAAACUAGUAGCAUUCAGCAAACUAGAGGCUGGAAUUAAAACUCCGCACGGUGGUCAUGCGGAUACGGUGCCCCUUUUAUCGGAGGAGAAUACUUUCGAGGCCAUGUCCGCGGAAAUUGAACAACUGCUCAACAAACUAUCUCAAGUUAAUGAGAGAUUAUCAGAGCAACCCGUCUCUGGAGGAGCAAUGCUUCACACUAUCCAGAGGCAUCGAGAAAUUCUAGCUGAUUUAUCAAGAGAUUUUAAGAAGAUUAAUUCACAGCAUGAAAGUCGUAGGGAGAGGGAAGACCUUUUGCGGGGCUCGAGUGAUAGCAGUUACAGAACAGACGGAAUUAAUAACCGCAGAGAUAUAUACCUGAAAGAAAAUCAGCACAUUAUUAACUCUGAUCAUUUGGUUAAUGAGCAGAUUGCUAUUGCAAUGGAGACUCGAGAGCAUUUAACAGGCCAAAGACAAACUCUAAAGAAGUUACAGACCAGAUUCAAUGACAUUUCAAAUAAGUACCCAAUAAUAAAUAGCCUGAUCAGUAGAAUUAAUAUUAGAAAAAGGCGAGAUUCCAUUAUUAUAGGCUUUGUUGUCGCGUUUUGUACUAUUUUAAUCCUGUGCUACACAUUUAAUUAAAAAUGUUUGUUUAGGUUCGAAGACGUUCAUUAACCUAUAUUUUUAGAGACAAAAAUUAUUUUAAGGUUAAGUGGUAAAGUUAAAUUUAUAUUUGUUAAAAAUAUAUCGUUUCUCACUUAAAAUCUAG